UAAAGCGCAAGAAGGCAUUGGGGCAUUAAAGGGUUAAAAUGCUAUAAACUCAUCCGCACAUAGUAACGUUUCAAGCGAGGGUAGAGUGGGAAUUCAGUCCUCCUGAACCAAAGUUUACAAUCAGGAAAGGCAGCCGAGCAGCCUGGUUCUCGCAGCCAGAAAGGUAGAACCUUACUGUUUGUCUAAGACGCACGAGCUGCAUGGGCAGGGAUGUUUGUCAUGUGAUGAAAAGGAAACUUGAAGCUUGAAUAUGUGAUCAGGCAAGUUUUCCUUCUCGCAUUCAUAGAGUAAUGUGCCGGCAAACCACAGAUAAAAAAAAAAAAACAAUCAGUUCAGAGAGUUACGAUUCGACAGAGACCGCCGUCAGGAAUAAGGAUAUUAGAGAGACUCUCGAAGCUCAUUCAUGCUUUCGCCUCCUGCGCUUGGAGAAUGAAUACGUUUAAUAAAAUCGCAGUACCUGCGGGAGAGAAGUUCAGACAAAUUCAAAAGCUUGUACAUGACAUAAAGAAAAAUGACGGCGGCUUAAUGCAGAAGUUGAAAAGGUUUACAAAUAAGAAUCCUCCUUCUGUGCCACAGAGAGACUACGUCCCAGAUCACAUAGAGGAAGAAGAAUUUGAGGAUGAAUCCGAUGAGUUUGCGAGCGACUAUGAGGACCCGGAUGCUGAUCCGGAGACCUACGCCGUCCCGGAAGACGGCAGCGACUAUGAGCCUCCGCCAACAGAACAUGAAAAGCCUUUCCUGCCAUCGUUCCAUUUUAGUCCUGAAAGUGGAGGAUAUGCAGAUAAACCAGGAAACAGACAACUACCUCAGCUGCCAAACUCAAAAGUGAAUAUGGCUAUCAGACAACUACCGGUUCCAAACCAACCAGUACUAAAGCCAAGCCAACUUUUAUCCAAACCUAGAUUACCCACUCCCCCCAAGCCCACGGGAAACUCGCCGUUCCCCAUACCACCGAGUCCAAGAGCUCAGGUGAAACCACAGCCGCCUCCGCCGAUCAAAAAACCAUUGACCCCACCGAAGCAACAUUUUGAUGAUGAGGAGGACUACAUUGUGCCGAGAGAUGAAGAUGAUAACUAUAUUGAACCUACGCAGGAGAUGCCUCAAGCUUAUAAGCCUCCUGUAGUGAAUCGUAAAACUAAACCCAAUCAUACCCCACCAAAGCCACAGAGACACCAAUCUGCGGAUGCCAGCGAACCAGUGCUCUAUGAGGUCCCAGAAAAUGAGGCAAAACCUUCCCCACCUUUAAAAAGGGAUUCACUCCCUUUUCAAAGGAAUUUGCCACCUAAAAUAGAACCCCCAGCUGAAGAUGAAUAUGAAACGGGGGACGAUCACCCCCAGCACAGACCAGAAACAGCCAAAUUACCAAGUCCGCUGCCACGGAGUGGUAAACCAACACCACCAAAACCACAAAAACCAUUGUUACCUACCAGGGAUGUGAACAGUAAUAUUGGUAAGUACACUGAACGACACAGAGAAACCAGUGUAGGAUCCGAAUUUCCAGUACCUCCAAAGUUACCCGUUCCGAAUCCUAUGCCCAAACCAAACAUUAUGCAACGGCCUGCAGACAUUCCAAGUCGCUUUAUGGUCCCUCCAAAUCGUAGCCUUCCAAGUAUAGGAGAACAGGAAGCUGGCGUAGUGAAUAAAGAAUGGUAUGCUUCGCUGUGCGACCGGAAAACAGCAGAAGACGCUUUGUAUGGAUCCUCCAUGGAUGGAUCUUUCCUUGUACGGAAAAGCUCUGGACAGGACCCCAAACAGCCAUACACCCUGGUUGUCUUCUACAACAGAAAAGUAUAUAAUAUUCCAGUGAGGUUUAUUGAAUCGACGCGGCAAUACGCUCUUGGAAGAGAGAAGUCUGGAGAGGAGAGGUUUGGCAGCGUGUCAGAGAUGGUAGAGAACCAUCAGCGAGCCCCGCUGGUCCUAAUCGACAGCCAAAACAACACGAAAGACUCCACGAAGCUGAAACACGCCAUCCACGUGCGUUAAGCCGGCCCCCGGAGGGCCGAAGCCGUUCUACGUUUCGUAAAUAACAUUAUUAUUACUGGUUAGGAAGCGGGUGAAAGCGUUUCACGCAGGACACUUAAAUUAUAUUGUGUGUAUAUUUAAUUGUUUUGAGCAGAGACUUCUAGCUGGUUAAAAACCGCAACUUUCCAUUUCUGUAUAUAUUUUUAUAAAGCUACCCAAAUCUUUCUCCUCAGUAAAGCCUACUCAAAGCAA